UUAGCCUAAAAACGGUUGAAAAAAAUUGUUGUGACUUAUGUGUCACAAUAAGAAAACUAAUCAUGAUCUGAUCAGUUUACUUGGCUGAUUCAAUUAUAUUUAGUUAUAUAUUGUUUAUUCUAGCUUAAUUGAACCAAUAUCAGUUAUAUAAUUUUAUUCAUGGGUUGCAAUAAGACCUGUUGGGCACCAAGUAGCUAGCUACUAAAAUGGCAGGUCUGGGACUACAUCAUGACAUCAGGCAAGGCAUGAAUAUUUACCAUUUUUUCUCUCUAGAUGAACAGGGAAAAGAGAUGGGAUUGGGAUAAGCAUAGCCAGUUCAUUCUGGACAUGAUUCAGAAUGGAGAUGAAAGUGAGAUUGAGGGAUUUGGUGGUACCAGCUCAGAUGAAGACGAUCCUGUCGAAGAUCCAGAUUACACUCCCUUGAAUCAGGAGUCAAGUGAGUCUGAAUGUGAGUCAGAAGAGGAAAUACCUCAACCAGAAGGGGAAGUGUCUCAACCAAGAGAAGUACCUCAACCAAGUACCUCAACCAAGAAACAUCUUACUGGCCAAGAAAAUAAGUUCUCUUGGAGAAAGAAACCUUUUGAAGCCCCUGACUGCACGUUCAAAGGAGAGAGUGUCACACCUCCAGACGAGCUUCCCACUCCCCUGCAGUACUUCAGGAGGUUCAUUACAGAAGAGAUGAUAGAGUCAUUGAUGGAGCAAACCAAUCUGUACAGUGUCCAAACCACUGACACGCUCAAGAAUGUGAACACCACAGUCAAGGAGCUGGAAAUCCUAAUUGGCAUGUACCUGCGCAUGGGUCUUUGCCAGCUUCCAGGAAACCGUACCUACUGGGAAAACAACACAAGGUGUGCCAUGGUAGCUGAUAACAUGUCACGCAACCGUUUUCAGACCCUCCUCGCAUCUCUCCACUUCGCUGACAAUACGGAUUCAUCAAACAGGCAAGAAGGGGACAAAUGCUGGAAGAUCCGUCCAUGGCUUGAUAUGUUCCGCAAACAAUGUCUUGAGAUCACCCCAGAAGAGUACAACUCUAUCGAUGAGCAAAUGGUGUCUUUCAGAGGAACGCGCAGCCCAAUAAGGCAGUAUGUCAAGAGCAAGCCCCACCCCUGGGGAUUCAAGAUCUGGGCCCGUUGCACUUCCACAGGAAUCCUCUGUGAUUUUCAGGUGUAUGAAGGUGGCACUGGGAAAAGAACCACACUUGGCAUGGGAGGAGACGUGGUGCUCAAGCUGUGUGAAACUCUUCCACCAGGCCAGAACUACAAAGUGUUCGCUGACAACCUGUUCUCUUCAGCACCACUGGUGCUUGAGCUUCUUCAGCGGCAGAUCUUCUACACAGGAACACUCCGCAGCAAUCGCUUGUCUGGAUGUCAGCUUGAGGAUGACAAGAGUCUUGCCAAGAGAGGCAGAGGAUCUUUCGAUGCCAGGGUGGAGAAAGAGGGAUCCAUGGCCAUUGUAAAGUGGCAUGACAACAGAUCGGUCACCUUGAUCUCCUCUCACACAGCAGUGGAACCACAGGACAAAGCUCACCGCUGGAGCAAACAAGAGAAAGCAUUCCUUGACGUCAACCGGCCACACAUCGUCAAAGAGUACAACACCUUCAUGGGGGGGGUUGACCUCAUCGAUGGAUGUAUUGCCAGGUACAAAUACAACAUGAGGUCACGGAGGUGGUACAUCUACCUGUUCUGGCACAGCAUCAUGCUAGCCCUGGUCAACGCGUGGCUGACCUACCGCCGUGACUGCAAGCUGCUUGGUCAGAGGCCACUAAAUCAAAGAAGAUUCCAGGCAGAGGUGGCAACUAGCCUCAUUCUCAUCCAGGCAGAAAGGGGGCGCCCAUCACUCGACAGCAAAACCCCAUCUCCACCAGCACCUCCCAAGAGAGUCCGUGUCGGAGUUCCUGAUGAUGUUCGUCUGGACCAGGUUGCACACUGGCCUGUGAAAUGUGCCAAGCGUGGCCGCUGCAAAAUCUGCAAAACCAAUGCAACCACCACCGUCUGCGAGAAAUGUGACGUGCGUCUCUGCUUCACUGAAGAGAGAAACUGUUUCAAAACAUACCAUUUUGCCUAGGCACACACCCAAACCCCUCUGCUAAAUAGGUAAUCCACCAGUAGUUCAAGCUCUGGCCUUCAUCCCUAUAUUUCUACUUUGUCCAGAAACAAAUCUGUUACAAAUUCCACAAAAGUUGUUGAGCUUUUAGGUUAUUCAUUGUGGAAUUACAAAUGUUAUUAUUCUGGUGAGCUUUGACAACCUGUUAGAGAGUAGAAAAGGAUCAAUAGUGAUCAGUGGUGUGAAGUGGAAGGCAGGGACAGUGUUAUUGAUAUCAUUUCCUUCCAUAAUUAUUAAGAUAAGCAGCUAAACCUACUCUAUGAGGCAUCAUGUUUUUUUCAUUGUUCAGAUGGUACUUUUCUUGUUGUUGAUCUGAGAAAAUGCCUAGACUAAACCUACAAAGAGUUUUUUUUUUUCAUUAUUAAGAUGUUAUUUAUGUUGUUGGAUGUUGAUCUGAGGAUAUACAAAUAAAAAGACAAAGAAAUACA